AUGGUAGUCUUUAGAGAUGACAGGGACACGGUAGUCAGUGAGGUAGCCGAUGAAGAAGUGGUCGAAGAGGGUCCAGGUGGUGGUGGGGUGGUAGGCGAUGAAGGCAUUGGUGACGUCUUGGCCGAUGAGGUUGAGGAGGGGGAUGUCAUAGACCUUCCCCUGGAUCGAGAUCCAGAGGUCGUCGGGAGUGUUGUGACCCCGGAGCUUCGUGGAGGUGAUGUACCUCUGCUUCUCUCCUUCCAUAGCCAUUGUGAGCAAGAGGAGGAAAUAGGAAGAGAUGAGGAGCCGCCCAUUGAUUUUAACGACUUCAACGCCACUAUCGAUGGUUUUGGCAUCAACGACACCAUCGAGUUCCGCUCCUCUCAUGACGUCGAUGGCCAUGGCACUCACACCGCCUCCAUUACGAUCAGUCGCCACGCCUUCCAAGCCAGCAUGGCUGGCUAUGCCGCGGGCAUCGCCUCCAAGGCCCGCAUUGCCACCUAUAAAGUUUGCUGGAAGGGCGCUGGCUGCCUUGACUUCGAUAUCCUUGCCGAUUUUGACUGCACCGUCACCGACGGCAUUGACAUCAUCUCCAUCUCCAUCAGCAGCAGUGACGGCGUCAUUGCCCCCUACUACCUCGACCCCAUCGCCGUCGGAUCUUACGGUGCCGUCUCAAAGGGAUUUUCAUUUCCUUCUCUACCGGCAAUGAUGGCCCUAGCCCCAUGUUCGUCACUAAUCUUGCCCCCUGGCUCAUCACCGUCGGUGCUGGCACUAUCGACCAUCGGCCCUCUACUCCGGCAAGCCUCUGUGGGUGUGAUGAUCCCCCUGGUGUACCCGAGCCAAUUUGGUGGCCUCUCUGCCUCCCUCUGCAUGGAAAACUCUGUGGAUCCCAAGCUGGUGAAUGGAAAGAUCGUGAUCUGCGACCGCAGCAGCAGCCUUCGCAUGGCCAAGGGGAUGGUCGUCAAGGAUGUCGGUGGCGCUGCGAUGAUCCUCGCCCAUGAUAACUCGAACAGUGAGCGUCUGGUCGUCGACACCCACGUGCUGCCCACUUGUGCUGUUGGCUCCGACGAGGGUGAUGCCAUCAAGGCCUACGCCUCCUCUACCACCAACCCCACGGCCAUGAUGGCCUUCCUCUCCUCAAAACCUCUCUCUCUUUUUCUGGGGGAUGACACAUCACCUAGGAGGUCGACAUUGUACAUGACAUAUUAG